AUGGCUUCUAAUGAGGCAAUGGGCAAGGGGAUAGAGGAUGUCCAUUCUGUGGCUAAACAGCCUAUUGAUAUUGAGAGCGUGAAGCGCAAGAAGUUCAAGACCGAUGACCUUCCCUUGUCUGCCGCGCAACAUGCAGUCAUUGACAAACUCCUACAUUCAUUCAAGAAGAAGGGUGGCUUUGAUAGUGUUCGCAAACAAAUAUGGGCUGACUUCAAUGAAGGAGAACUUCGAACUGAUUUUACCAACAAGUUGGUCGCACUUGCCGAGUCGGAGAUCGAUCGCGAGCCGGCACUGCUGUCCCGCGAGAGAGGAAAAGCAGCUACACUGAUUGAGGGUGCGGUGGACCGCGGUGAUGUCUACAAGAGCGUGGAAGAUUCAAUCGACCAGUUAGCAUCCAAACACCUGGAUUUUAUCCUCGAAUCUGUCCGUGAGAUCCGAUGCCAGGACGUUGGAGAGGAAGUCGCCGCCCGUGAACUCGAGCUAGGGAACAAAACCGAUGCAGAUUAUGAAGCAUACGUCGGAGCCCAGCGUGAGGAGCGGGAAAAAGUGUGGCGCGAGGAGGAGCGCAAACAGAGGGAGAUCGAGGAAGAGGAAAAACGUAUCAGGGAUGAAGAACGGAAAAAGAAGCGGGAACUUGAACGUCAGAAAGAUGAGGAAGACCGGGCCCGAAGAAAGGAGAUUGAUGAACAGAGGCGAGCUGAUCGUGAACGCCAACGCGAAGAGCAACGAAUUCUCGACGAGCAGCGAGAACGAGAGCGAGAGGAAAGAUAUGAGCGACGAAGGCGGGAAGAUAGAGAGCGAUAUCGAGGCUGGGACCGCGACCGCAGUCGAACCCGAGAUAGAGACCGUUUCCGUGAUCGCUCUCCGGCCUAUCGCUCUGAUCGUGGCUUAUCACCUUGGCCCCGGGAUUCAAAACACGACAAGUCAUCUACCUCGAAUGCUCCCACUCCUGUGCUAGUGCCCCUUGUGGAUGAAAAGUCACUCGAGGAGGCUGCUUUGCAAAUGCUCUUGAAAGAAGGCGAGGAACUUGCAGCCAAGGCUCGACAGAAGCCCGAGUUUGACUUUGAAGAGGCGGAGGCUAUUGAAAAUGGACUGAAACCGACAGUAUCAACAUCAGGGCCGACCAAGGGCACCAAUGAUUCCAGAUUUUCCAAUACAUCUACCAGAGCGGCUAGCUUAUCCCGAGAUGCUGACGCGAGGCGUGGCUCUUUUGCAGACCGGGGUGAUAGGCCCCGACAUUUGACUCGGGAUCGAAGCCGUAGUCGCUCGCGCCGGCGGCGCACAUCCCGUUAUGACACAGAUCGCCGGCGUGAACGGUCCCGGGAUACUUCUGUGAGGUCUCGAGAUCGUGAUAUGGAUGCGCGCCGUGGCUACCGCGACUUCCGGGAUGACCGAGGUGGUGGAAGCUACAGACCAAGCCGUCGCAGCCGCAGCCGAUCCACCGGCCGGCGUGACCGGGACCGCACCGCAACCGAGACCGAGAUCACGACAAUUAUCGCCCUCGGCGCAGUCGCCCCUCUCGCUCACCCGUACGCCGACGUUCUCGAAGCCGCUCACGCUCGCGCCCUCGUGCUCGCGACCGCCCUCGGUCACGUUCUCGAUCUACUCGACGGAGAUCUCGGUCUCGGCGUCGUUCGCCUUCUCCUACUCUAG